AUGUCCGAUUAUAGUCGCCGUAUGGCUUCCAGGAAUCGCAAACAGCGAUUUCCUCAUCCAGAUCGUCGGCGGUCGUCAAGUUUUCUUCCUUCAAGUCCAUUCUCGGAAAAUGGCUACGACUCAGAUGAAAAUGUGUAUCCACCUUCCAAGAGAAUGCGGUCAUCGGUUGGAUAUGUUUCUCGUGGCCCGGUAGCCACUAAAGGCCACCCAUCGGACGUGAUAAAAUCGGAGAACAAGGAGCUUAAUUCGUCUUCUGGACCACCUUCUCGCAUAGACAAGCGUGCUCGCGACGAACACAACGAGCAGGAGCGCAGCCGUCGUCGAGAGCUGGCUGUCAUUUACGAACUCAUUCGUUGUUCGUUCUCGCAGGACGACCUUCGUCAUCUGGGCCCUGGCAAUGCACCCAAGUCGAUAGACAAGUUGUCCUAUCCGCAGGUUCUCCACAUUGCCUACCACGUGAUCAAGGAAGAAAACCACAACCUUCAGCUAUUUGAGCGCACUCUUGCGGAUAUUAAGCGCAUUGAAAAGGAGUUCUUGCGUCUGGGGUUGCCGGUUCCAUGUCGGCCUACGUGCCCCUCUGUCACAGACACGUACAAAAAGGUGGUCGGUGUCGUCGACGCACUCUUAAAGAUUGACAAACAAGCUCGUGCAUUGGAUGGCAGUUACGAAAUCACGCCUGCCCAACGUGCAGCCUACGGUGACCAUCAGUUAGCUUUUUUGCGGCCCAAGACCCUCCACGGACACCUCUCGUCGCCCGACUCUGUCAGCCCCCCGCCGCCGUUUUAUUCGCACUCGGAUUCUCAUUCAGUUGCGAGUUCCAAUUCUUCGAGUUAUAACCACGAUCGCCGCACCAUCAGCCAGCACACAAAUGGGUUCCAUCGGCCGACUCCCCGCACACCCGGCUACUCCGCCGUCUCAUCCCACCGCGUCCAUCCACCGCUGGCUACUACUGCUCGUCAGCCAACCUCCGAUCCCUUUGUUCAACAGAUGCCCACCCCAUCGUCUUCUUCCUCCUCGCUUCCCCAGAUCUGUACCGUUUUCAAGUCAUCUCCGUCCCUUCCAACGGCAGAUCACGACGAAGUGAUUUCCACUCGCAAUUCCGGUGGAAUGGAGUACAUUGAUGAGGUCGAUUUGCCACCAAUUGCUGACUCGCUCUCCGUUGCUAAUGGCGAGAUGGGAACUACUGGUGUUUGCGAUGAUUUGUACUUUUUUGGCGGUGACAUGGGUGUCACCGGCGGUGAUAGGGAUGACCUGUUGCCAGAUGCCGACAUCCCACCCUCCAUUUUUUCUGGCAUACCCCUGUAG